GGAGAUGUUGGAGUUGAGAGGAAAGGCAUCAAAGGUACACAUGGGCUCCCAUUUCUUUUUGUUUUGUUCACUCAUUUGAUCAAGACAAAGAAAAUCCUCACCCACUCUCUCCCUCAUCCCUGCGGCCAGCACCUCCAAGAAAGAGCCAAGCAAAUUCUCCAUCUUCCUUCUCCAUUGUUGAAGGAAGCUCCACAAGAAAGAAUCCCAAGGGAAGGAACUAAAGUGCUAAAAGUGUGAUAGGAUUAAGGAACUUGGUAUAGAGUAUCUUUGAGCUUCGCCGGAGUUUCGCCGGAGUUGGUCAAAGUUGGCCGGAGUUGGUCAAAGUUCACCGGAAUUAGUCCAAGUUCAACCGCGGAGCGUAGAACACGCUUAAGCUCACUUAAGUUUCAGGUAGAACUUGAAGGUUGCUACCACCGCCCGUUGCUUCGGGAAGAUCAAAGGAGGGAGACGUGAAAUGGAGCCAGUCGGAAGGAUCACUAGGAGGAACCCGACGGGCCGUGUACCGGGUGGGUCCGAGCGCGGUAGCCGGGGGUCCUUUAGGGGAUCAAGAGGAAGGGGCCGCGGAGGCCGACAACAACAAACCGUAAGCGAUGGCCACGUCGAUACGGAAAGCGAGACCUAUUGGUCUUAUGAGGACUCGACCUACCGGCCGGAAACUGAGCCGGUUGAGACCCCUUAUGAAGGGGAUGACGACGAUGUUAGUGGCGAGGAGGAAAAUGGCUCCUUGGCUAGGAUUGAAGCACUGCUCCAACAAUAUCAUCGGGAGCGUGAGGAAAGGAGAGAACGCCGAAGGCGCCGUGCGGGGCCACCUUCGGGCGGGGCUCCAAGAAGGAGGAGCUACUGUGAUUCGAGGACCCAUGUAGAAGCGCAUGGGAGCCGUGGUGAUGGAGGUCCAACCAUAAGGAUCUCCAAAUACAUCAAGGAGGCGAGAGACUUGGGGUGUAAACCGUUCGAUGGGACGGGAGACAUCUCAGUUGCCGCGCAGUGGAUCAAGAGGCUGAACGAGGCAGCCCUUGACAUGCAACUCACCCCCGAUUUCAAAUUGAGAAUCGGGGUGUGGUUACUUGAAGGGUUAGCAUCCAAGUGGUGGGAUGGAACCAAGGGUAAGUAUGGCGGGACGGUUACUUGGGAGGAUUUUCGGCAAGAAUUCUUUGCCCAAUACUACUCCGACUUUGAGGUAAAUGCCAAAGUGAGGGAGUACACUCUUUUGACCCAAGGGGGUAACAUGACGGUGAAAGAACUUGAGCAUAAGUUCAGGGACCUUGCCGACCACAUACCGGAGUAUGCGUGUGAUGAGAACCGAAUGGUGAAUCACUUUUGGGAGGCCUUGGACUUGGAGAUACGUGAUAGGGCGACUCAAUUGCCCAACAUGACUUUCAGCCAAGUGGUUGCCCAGGGGUUGAAGGGAGAAAAACAAUGGGAGGAAAGGAAGAAGAGGGACGCCGAGGAGGCAAAGAAGAGGAAAUGGGAGAGCCAUGGCCCCCAAGGUUCUAAUAAGAAAGGGAACCAUGGGGGAGGAGGAUCAUUCAGGGCACCGACACCACCAUCUAGGGGAGGCUCAGGCACGGGUGGACAAACCUCGGGCUCGCAAGCCCCAAUGAUGAUUAGAUGCAGGAAUUGUAACAGGAACCAUGGGGGUAAGUGUCGUGACCCUCCUCGGUGCUACCAAUGUGGAGACACGGGGCAUAUUAAACCAAAUUGCCCUCAACUUGGUGGGAACCGAGGGGUGGGAUCAAGCGGCGCUACCACGGCAAGUAGGAACCGAAGCGGAGCACCCCAUGCUAGUAUGGGGCAGGGGGGAGCGAGCACAAGCAACGCGCCGUCCGUGAACCAAGGAAGGACUCAAGCUAGAGUCUACGCAAUGACCGAGGCCGACGCUCGGGCCAACCCCGACUCCGUUGCAGUUUCAGGUAGAACUUGAAGGUUGCUACCACCGCCCGUUGCUUCGGGAAGAUCAAAGGAGGGAGACGUGGUUCGUGCUUCUUCCGUUCCUGUUUUAAAAACAUUUAAAUUAAUGCUCAUGGAUAUUAUACUUUUGAAUAAUUAUUUGGGGGCUUGUAUGCCCAAGUUUGCCAAGUGUGGCAUGAAUACUUGUAUCAAAUGUUUCCGCUGCUUGAAUGAAUGUUUUACAUUAUACUUGUU